AUGGUAGGACUUGUUGAAAAGCUCGUGUAUCUUGUGGGGCGUGCUUUUUAUUCAGAUGAGCAUGUCGUGGUUCUUGGUGCUCUAAUGCGAGAGAAGUUUUUAAAGGACGACGACAUGGGAAAUGCUAUGAAUCUACAGACGCGUCAAGUGCGCAAGAUUAUGAAUGAGUUGCACCAGGACAAUCUUGUCUGCGAGGAAGUCUUGAAUGACAAGCGGGUUGGUGGUAGCUCAUCCACGUCGUACUGGUACAUUGACUACAAGUACUUUGUGGAUGUCGUGCAGUAUCGACUUUACUUGAUGCACGAGCAUCUGAAAGAUAGUGAGCAAUUAGAAAUUGAACGACAAACUUUUCAAUGCAGCGACCCUGAAUGUGGACGAGAAUACACGGCACUUGAAGCUCAACUGCUUUUGAUGCCAGGACAAUUUCAAUUUCGAUGCGGUCAUUGUAACGAGUUACUACUGGAAUGUGACAAUAAUGAUCGACUAUUACGAAUUCAGAAUUUGCAACGCAAGUUUAAAGACCAAAUGAACAAACAAAAAGGAAAUCACGACGGAAUUUAUGAAGUGCUACGUCGUAUUGGUGAUUUUGUUAAGGAAGGUCAUGCGUUACCAAAUAAUUUGCCCAGUGAAAAUCGAGCUGCUGGACUUGGCGGCACGAGCACUCGUUCGACUACAAGUGGAGGAAGUGGUAACCGAGGAGGAGGAGCUAAUCAUGGCAGCGGAAGUAAUCGUGGGGAUGAUCAGAACAGCAAAUCGUAUCUGUAUCCAUAUGGUUCCCAAGACCAGGAAAUUAUAGUUGAUAUUGCUGGUACAAAUCAGGCCGAAGAUGAUUAUUUAACUAGUCGAGACCGGAAAGAAGACAAAGAAGUGGCGAGUCAACAGGUCGCAGCUCCUCGUGCAUUGCCUGAGUUUUUGCAGGGCAGCUCAAUAAGUGGUCACAUGGCGGCGAAGCAUUUGCAAUCUGUGGAUAGCAUUACCGAUGAUUCGUCCAUCUCGAUGAAAACGACUUUGAAAGGUGUGCAUUCACCAAGUCAAAGUGAUAUGACGGAAGAAGAGCGACAAGAAGCCUUUAAACGCGCUUAUAUGGCCGAGUUGGAGCGAUACAAUGAAGAUAAGUACGAAGGAGAAGUGCAGAUUCAGGUCGACAAACAGGGCUGGGACGCCGAAAUGAAUGACGAUGCUAUGGAUGAAGAAGAACUGGAAGAUGUCGAGUGGGAAUGGUAUACAGACGACGAAGGGCGUACGACUGAUGCUGAAGUCACAGUGAACGGCCAGCCGAAGCGAUUGGAUGGCGUGGACGACGAAGAUUUGCUCAAUAUGACAGAGCAAGAGUUUUUAAGCUGCUAUCGGAUGUGUCUCGCGAACAAAGACGCGUCUUUAUAA